UUGUUUGUCUCGCGUAAUCCAAUACGCGGAUAUGAGUGUUCAAAAAAUUACGAAGCGUACUUUUGUAUUCCCAUAAAAAGCCGUGAUUUGGUAAAAGGCUUAUCUAUGUCAAUAUUACACUAUCUUUCUCACUAAUUGAUAUUGCUACUGAUAUCGUAUCAACAUUGAUCUUGACGUCCUACUACCGUUUCGGAUUGUACAGGCUGUUCUUUUUUUCAAUUACUCCUGACGAUAAAGAAGAAACCUCCGCAACGCCUAUUGAAGUAGCAAUGGCGUAGCGUCGCGUUUUAGUAAUUUUAUUCGGGUUUAAUAGACAUCUAAUAACAUUUUAGUAAAUGAUACGUAGGUAAUGACACUGAAUAACGCUAAUUUCUAAAAAACUAUUACAAAACCAUACAAAUUACAAAGAGGACAAAGAUCAACCAUAAUGUGGAACCAUUAUAAAAAACCUGCCAGCACUAUCGAGAGAACUAUCUAGAAGGACUGAGAAGAAACAAUUCUACCCAAAAUUAUGGAUUGCCCACAAGAGGAAUCACAAAGUGGUUUUAAAGUCACCUGGCCUUCAAGUUCACUCGCAGAAAACGCCACGUCCCAACCACUGUGCUUUAGAAAUGAACGCCUUAUUACAAGAAACUGCAAUGGAACUCAUUGGGAACCCAGCUAUGAACAGUUGCAGGCGUGUCAGCAAAUAGUUAACUAUUUUGGAUAUUCAAAAUGUCCUCCGGGGCACCACCAAAUUUCAGAGAAUAGUGGUCACUGUUAUCAAAUCAACAAACGAUCUGCUUGGAAUCAUCCUUGCUACAAAAGUGGGAAAACUACCGUUAUAACUGAUUUAGAAGAGAGCGAAAUAUUUUCUUUAUUGACAUCAUUAAACGCAACUAAGCAUAAAUAUUUUUGGCUACCGGCUCAAAGAUCCAAAGUGUUUAAUCCAGUUGUAUGGCAUGUUCCGGGCCCAAAUUGGGGACGAACUGUGGAAACUAACACUAAACAUAGUUUCUUACAAAUGCGGGCACCUAUGAUGAAAAACUGUUUGCUUUUGAACGUUGAGCAAAGAACCGUAAUAACAGAAACUUGUAGCCUGGAAUAUCCCAGCUUGUGUUUCUCCGUAAACGAGUUUCGUUAUCCGUUGGGAUGCCCUGAUAGGUACUAUGGAUUUCGUUUUAUGUCUGAUGAUAACAUUUGUUACGGAAUAGAGGAAUCUGACAAUGAGACUGGUUUAACGUAUGAUGAAUUCGUUAAUACAAAGUGUUCCAGGCCUAGUCCACGUACAUAUCAAGGUCUCCAUGGUGAGUUGACAAGAUAUGUUUUCACAAAACUAGCUGCGAUGAAUUCUUUUAAUAGUUCAAAAUGGUGUUGGUAUCAAAUAUUUUCUCCUGCAAGCAUAACCAUGUUGCCAGUUGAAAGUGAUGAUGUAAUUGAAAAACCGCAAUCCACGACUUUAUCGGCACAAGGAGUAAUUAAUGGAGACGGAGUAUUGAGUUUAAGAAAUAAGACUUCCAAGUUUACUUGCAUGGCUUGUGAAGUAGAAAUGAAUUUUAGUGAAACGGAAUUCAUGUUUGAAUACAAUGAUAAGGAAAAUAAGAUGUACCUUACAGUUUAUUAUCCUUCAGGUUUGUGGAAAUCCGAUGAUAACGAUAAGGGAGUACAGUGUUUUUCUAACGCUAAGGGAUUCGUCAAAAUCGUAGACUUUAACGACAAACCGUUUUUUGAGGUUAAGCAAUUAAGGGAAGUGAAUGAUUUUGGGAACCUAGACAAAGUUGUUUAUGAAAUUGAUCCAAUUACAUACCGAGCAGCUCAAUAUUGGUGCGAAGGCCACACAAAAAACUUUACAUUAGUUGCUACUGAUAAGUUGAUCGUGAACCCUAACUGUAAUGAGGAACAUGUAUUUGCCAUUGUUCUUGAAAAGUACAAUAUUGCUUAUGACACGGAUGAACCCGACAUGUCCAGUUUAACUUCAAGAAUUACCGAAAUAUUUAAUGCCAACAAAGUUUUAUUAAUGGACAUAUUGGAUUUCUCUAUCGAACGUAUGAUACUCUUAAUGCAUUUGCAUGUAGCAAUUAUUGAUAUUUACGAUGAUACAGCCAGUAAUAUCAAACACACGUUACUUACAUUAAAAGAAACAGCAGAAAUAGAACUCCCUAAAUACAAUUAUACUUUUGUCAAUAUUUCCAGUUCAAUUUAUUGUUUGCCUACUACUAGUGAUGACAUUUCUGGGCUAAAAUGGGAUCUAACACGUAUCGGUCAAAUUGCUGCUCCUCAACAAUUCUGUUUGCAAGCUAAUGGUCUGCCAGUAAAAAGGCAUUGUUUAGGAUCUUAUUUAUUUGGAGGUAUAUGGGGUGAUGUUGAAGGACUGUGUGAUAGUACUUAUGAGCCAUCUUGGACAACCAAAUUCUUAUUUGACUUUAUGACUGGUAAUAUACCAAGUAAUGUUACAACUAGUUUUUUAACCAAUGGUCUAGGAGUAGUACUCGGAAAUGUAAACAAUUUGAUACCCGCUGAUUUAUAUUAUCUGUCGAUGUCAUUACAGCAUGUGUUAUAUUUAGCUGAAAACAAUACCUCUGUGGAUCUGGGCGACAUAGAUAACGCGGCAUGGGUGAUGGACAGAGUGAUGUCAGUAGAUCACAGUUAUUUACUCUUAUCCCAAACCCUUAACUCAACUAAUGUUAUAUUAGAUUCAGUAAAUGAAAUAAUUGAACACUUAGUCGAAGAAGAGAAAAGCAAGGAAAGUAAUUAUUUUCUUGCAGUUAAACCACACUUUGUGGUUCAAACUUCUUAUCCUAUACAAAACAACAUUACAGGUAUAGCAAUAAUUAAUAAUUCCAGCACAGAUGAUUUUACGGAAAUGGCUAUUAUACCUUUAUUCAAAAAUACUACUUUGAGUGAUGUGCUUGCUAUAAAAAAUUUAGAGGUUGCUACAUGGCUUUCAGAUCAGAUUCUUGAGUCUGUGCAGUCUAUCUCCGAUAACACAACCUCGUCCAAUGUUUCUAAUACAAAUAAUGAACUGUACGUUGUAAUAACUGUAUUUUAUAACGAUGCAAUGUUUCCAGAAAUUGGAUUGAAGAGAUUUCAAAUGAACAGUCGAGUUAUUGGUAUUUCGAUUCCUGGAUACUCGACUAAUUUAGAACACGCUGUUCCUUUGGUCUUUAAAGAGGUACAUACUUCUAGUUAUGAUGAUGAUAAAAUCUGCGGAUAUUGGAAUUUUGAAUCAAACUCUUUUAGAGACUUACCGGGCUUCUGGGGAAAGAAAGGAUGUUUGCCUUACAAGUCAACCAAUAGCAUAACUGUAUGUGAAUGUUAUCAUUUAACUCAUUUUGGUCAACUAAUUAAUGCUGGCAGUAGUUCAAACAACAAAGAGGUGCAAUCACAUCACAAAAAGGUCUUGAAUAUUAUAACAUUGGUUGGAAGUUUUAUUUCUUUAUUAGGUAUAGUAGGAAUAUGGAUAACGGCUUGUGUUUUUUCUUCUUGGAGGCAAAAAGCAGGUACAAAGGUUCUAUUACAUUUAUCAAGCUCAAUAGCCUUGCCUUUAAUAUUUAUGGUAGUAUUUAAUCUAGAUACAACAAUAAUCGUAAACGAACAAGGUAUUUAUAAAGUUGCAGAGCACAUGGAGGUAUUAUGUAUAAUACUUGGUGCUCUAUUGCACUAUUCUAUUUUGUCAAGUUUCGUGUGGAUGUUUAUAACAGCAGCUUUACAAUUUGUUAGGUACGUGCGAGUCUUAGGAGUGUGCAGACCAUCAAGAUUUAUGAUGAAAUGUACGGUGUUAGGUUGGGGUCUGCCUUUAAUACCAAUAACUGUAAUCUUAUUAAUUGAUACAGAUAAUUAUAUUCCAGAACCCACAAAGUCUGAUAUGGGCAGAUACCUAAUUUGUUAUCCUACGGGUUUUAUUCUAACCAUGAGUGUAAUUGUUCCUAUAUGCGUGAUACUGGCAACGAAUAUUGCUUUGUUUGCUAUAAUUUUGUAUUCUAUAUACAGGGGCCCUGACGGUAAAAUGAGAACUACGGAUAUCGAUCUUAUUGGAGCUCAGUUCAGACUGUCUAUAAUUUUAUUCUUUUUGUUGGGACUAACUUGGAUAUUUGGUAUAUUAUCAUUUACAAAUAAUUACUUGUGGUCUUAUUUAUUCUGUUUAACUUCAACUUUACAAGGUUUUGUAUUGUUUGUGUAUUUCGUGGUAUGCGAUCCAAAUACGAGAAAUAUGUGGAUUUCACUAAUGACACCUAACCGUAUGAGUACAUACAGGCCAAGAGAAAGUAUUACAAGUAUUAGUAGCGGUUAGUGUAACUAGGGGGUAAUAAUUGUAUACAAAACACGUAAGGGUAUCCUUGUAUAAUUAUAAAAUAUUAAUAUUAAUGAAAUAUACUAUGAAAAAACCUUCAUGAUUUAUUUCAAUAAGUAUAAUAUGAUUACAUGAUCACGCUAGACCUAAGUUGUCUAGUAGUAGGUAGGUAACUAUCUU